AACAAGAAAUCCCCUAUAAGCUCCCGAGAGAUUCAGACAGCCAUCAGACUGCUCCUUCCAGGAGAACUCGCAAAGCAUGCAGUCAGUGAGGGUACCAAGGCCGUCACGAAGUACGCUAGUAGCAAGUGAAGUCCAUUCUUCAAUACCAGAUUUAAACAACGGCUCUUUUAGGAGCCACCAAAUGUCAAAAAAACCAAUGAUCAACACAGUUUCUUAUAUGUUUCAAUCGUCAUUAUAAACCCUGACACGCUUCGCACACUUGCUCCCAUUAAAAAAUUUCAAUGAACGAACAAAUCAUUCCUCUAUUUCCCGGUUCAACUUUACUUUGUACACAAAAAAAAUACAGAUAAAGGUUUGAUAAGAUGAUAUUUAUGUAAGCAAAGAGAAAAGAAGAAAAAAAAUAAAUAAAAGAUUGCUGGUUGACAACACGCACCGAACCCAACAAUUUCCGCAAAAUCUCUUUCCCAGCCCGAUGACCACUACACCACGCCAGAGAAUCAACUGAAGUAGUUCGUAAAACAACGUUACUUAAAAGUGUUACAGGCAUGAAAAGGUCAUUUCGGUACUGCACUUGAGAACAAGAGAACGGUUUACCAGCCUGCAAAUAUAUAUUUUCUGGGAUGUAAGGGUUUUAAUACUUCAAAUCAGUUAAGCGGGAGGGAUUGUUACUAUUGAAUAUUGAUGUUUACGGUACUUUUCGUUACCCGAGUACCUGAUAACCAGUUUCUUGACUAAGGUGCAUGUACUGACCACUUCAAAUAAAAAGUAUUUAUCUUAUCUGAUCUGAUCAGAUCUGAUCUUAUGGAGUGGCUUUUGUUUACUCUUUUAAGGCGUCUCCAAGCCGCGGUUCAAGUAACCGUCUGCUCAACAAAAACGAAAUUAGUUUCGGCAAAGGAGAAAUAAACACUGUGCUAUAGGUCAAGGUGACUUAAGGUCAACAUACUAGAAGUGAUAUUAGUGAUGACUUUUCUUUAUUUGGUGGCUCCUAAAGGAGCCGGUAGUUGAAUAAGUGGGCGGUUUUACUUGCCACUGACUUUCUUGUUGGCCUUUUUUCUUAACCGAGGCUUUGCUUUCUUUCGCUUUCUUGGGCAACGGCUUCUUUGUGGCAGUCUUCUUUGCCACGAGAGGUGUCUUCUUCUUGCUGCUGGAAACUUUCUUACCCGGCGAUUUCUUAAUUUUCUCGGCUGGUUUGCGGGCGGUCUUUUCUUUCGCGGCGACCUUCUUUAUUUUUGGUUUGUUGGCCGGAUCAGCGGUUUUGGUCUUCUUCGCCGGGUCUUUGGCUGCCUUUGCUUUGUGUACUUCUUUGUUGACCUUGAAAGAACCUGAAGCUCCGGACCCUUUGGUGUUGAUAAACUGACCACUCUCCACGCCUCUCUUAAGAGCCAUUUUAAUAAAAAUGACUUGCUUUUUCUCCCACUUUGAAAUGGUUCUUAACGUACUUGUCGACAGCCUGACGCGAAGAACCAUUACGAUCUUUCAGGACGUGAAGGGCUUGUAAGAUCAUUUCUGCAUACUUAGGGUGUUCGGCCGGCUCUUUAAAAGUUUUCUUCUGGGUGCUUUAGGCAGACAUGUCUCGUUAUAGUCUUUUCAGCGAUAGCUAAUGUUGGUUACUUGCGCACCUCUUUUCGUAAGUUGUUAUAGCGGACCGCAGGGGGAUCAGUUACUACUGAUCGCGAUAGGUCUGUUACCUCUAAGACGUUUGCUAAGUUCUUUGAAAGUGAGAUGGAUUGUAAACGUCAACUUAGGAAGACAGGCAGAGAGAUUAACUGAACGAAUAAAAAGCUGUUGGGCGCAAUCACUAAUUGUUUGGUAGGCUUAGAGAUACUAGUACUCCACUGUAUCUUGUGCAGCGCUUGUGUUGUGUGUAUUAUCGCGAAAAACCUGUAACGGAGUAGAGUAUGAGAAUAGCCUCUUGAAGAGCCAGCACGGCUGACCUUUGAAAGCGCAAGUCGGUCUUGAAAUCCUGAGCGAUUUCUCCAACAAGACGCUGAAACGGUAACUUGAGAAUUAGCAACUCGGUGGACUUCCGAUAAAGACGGAUGUCUCUGAGGGCCACUGUUCCUGCCCUGGAACGGUGCGGUUUUUUUCACGCCACCAGUAGCGGGAGGGCUCUUUCGAGCUGCCUUAGUAGCCAGCUGUUUACGAGGCGCUCUUCCGCCGGUGGAGUUUCUUGCUGUUUGCUUGGUUCGCGCCAUGACUGGCUAAUGUUGGUUACUUGCGCACCUCUUUUCGUAAGUUGUUAUAGCGGACCGCAGGGGGAUCAGUUACUACUGAUCGCGAUAGAUCUGUUACCUCUAAGACGUUUCAUAAGUUCUUUGAAAAUAAGAGGGAUUGUAAACGUCAACUUAGGAAGACAGGCAGAGAGAUUAACUGAACGAAUAAGGAGAUGUUGGGCGCAAUCACUAAUUUUUUGGUAAGCUUAGAGAUACUAGUACUCUACUGUGUCGUGUGCAGCGCUUUUGUUGUGUGUAUUAUCGCGAAAAACCUGUAACGGUUAGAGUAUGAGAAUUAUUGCUGUCUCGUUUUACUAGUAACUAAUAAAGAAAUAAGUAGAGACAAGGUAAGAAGUAGUUUAUUGGCCAUUAACUUUUAUUGUCAGGUGGUGGCUCCUAAAGGAGCCGUUUGUAAUGUGAGAUUGUCAGAACCGAGCUGAGCUGUUAUACACGUUCGCCCCGGAUCCUACGAGCCAACUGGAUAUCUUUAGACAUAAUGGUGAUACGUUUAGCAUGAAUGGCGCAAGGGUUGGUGUCCUCGAAAAGACCUCGCAGGUUGGCUUCGCUAGCCUCUUAACGAGCCAACUCGGCUGACCUUUGAAAGCGCAAGUCGGUCUUGAAAUCCUGAGCGAUUUCUCCAACAAGACACUGAAACAGUAACUUGCGAAACAGUAACUCGGUGGACUUUAGAAAACGACGGAUCUCUCUGAGGGCCACUGUUGCUGGCCUGUAACGGUGCGGUUUUUUCACGCCACCAGUAGCAGAAGCGCUCUUUCCAGCUGCCUUAGUAGCCAGCUGUUUGCCAGGCACUUUUCCUCCGGUGGACUUCCUCGCUGUUUGCUUGGAUCGGGCGAUGACUGUGGAAGCUAAAAUUGGAAAGCUAAAAUGUUGAAAUCGGGUAAGAUCUUGAAUUCAGGAUUUAGGAAAGCUAAAAUCUUGAAAUCGGGUAAGAUCUUGAAUUCAGGAUUUUGGAAAGCUAAAAUCCUUAAAUCUGACAAAAUGUUAAUUUUAGGAUUUUGGAAAGCUAAAAUCUUAAAAUCGGCCAAAAUCUAGAAUUCAGGAUAUUGGAAAGCUAAAAUCUUGAAAUCCGCCAAAAUCUUGAAUUCAGGAUUUUGGAAUGUUGAAAUCUUAAAAGCGGUCAAAAUUUUGCAUUCGGGAUUUUAGAAAGCUAAAAUCUUGAAAUCGGCCAAAAUCUCGAAUUCAGGAUUUUCGAAAGCUGAGAUCUUGGAAUCGGCCAAACUCUUGAAUUCAGGAUUUUGAAAAGCUAAAAUAUUGAAAUCGGCCAAAAUCUUGAAUUAAGGAUUUUGGAAAGCUAAACUCUUGAAAUCAACCAAAAUCUUGAAUUCAGGAUUUUGGAAAGUUAAAAUCUUAAAAUCAGAAAAAAAUUUUAAAUUCAAGAUUUUUUAAAAUUAAAUUGUCAAAGUUGGCCAAGACGUUGAAGCCGAAAUGUUGGAAAGCUAGAAUCUUGAAAUCGGCUAAGAUCUUUAAUUCAGGAUUUUGCAAGCCUAAAAUCUUGAAAUCUGGAAAAAUCUUAAAUUUAGGAUUUUCGAAAGCUAAAAUCUUAAAAUCGGCCAGAAUCUCGAAUUUAGGAUUUUGGAAAGCUAAAAUCUUAAAAUCGGCCAGAAUCUCGAAUUUAGGAUUUUGGAAAGCUAAAAUCUUGAAAUCGGCCGAAAUUUUGAAUUCUGGAUUUUGGAAAGCUAAAGUCUUGAAAUCCAACAAAAUUUUGAAUUCAGGAUUUUUUAAAGCUAAAUUGUUGAAUCGCCCAAGAUCUUGAAUACAGGAUUUUGGAAAGCUAAAAUCUUGAAAUCAGCCAAAAUCUUGAAUUCAGGAUUUUGGAAAGCUAAAAUCUUGAAAUCGGCUAAGAUCUUCAAUUCAGGAUUUUGGAAAGCUAAAAUCUUAAAAUCAGCCAAAAUCUUGAAUUCAGGAUUUUGGAAGGCUAAGAUCUUAAAAUCGGCCAAAAUCUUGAAUUCAAAAUUUUGGAAAGCAAAAAUCUUGAAAUCGGCCAAAAUUUUGAAUUCAGGAUUUCGCAAAACCUAAAAUCUCGAAAUCGGCAAAAAUCCUAAAUUCAGGAUUUUGGAAUGUUAAAAUCUUAAAAGCGGUCAAAAUUUUGCGUUCGGGAUCUUCGAAAGCUAAAAUCUUGAAAUCGGCUUAAAUCUUGAAUUCAGGAUUUUCGAAAGCUGAGAUCUUGAAAUCGGCCAAAAUCUUGAAUUCAGGAUUUCGGAAAGCUAAAAUCUUGAAAUCGGCCAAAAUCUUGAAUUCAGAAUAUUGGACAGCUAAAUCCUAAAAUCGGCCACAAUCUUAAAUUCACGAUAUUGGAAAGGUAAAGUCUUGAAAACGGCCAAAAUCUUGAAUUCAGGGUAAUGGAAAGCUAAAAUCUUGAAUUUAGGAGUUUGGAGAGCUAAAAUCUUGAAAUCGGCGAAAAUCUUGAAUUCAGCAUUUUGGAAAGCUAAAAUGUUGGAAUCAGCGAAAACCUUGAAUUCUGGAUUUUGGAAAGCUAAAAUCUUGCAAUCAGCCAAAGCCUUUAAUUCUGGAUUUUGAUAAGGUCAACAUACUAGAAGUGAUAUUAGUGAUGACUUUUCUUUAUUUGGUGGCUCCUAAAGGAGCCGGUAGUUGAAUAAGUGGGCGGUUUUACUUGCCACUGACUUUCUUGUUGGCCUUUUUUCUUAACCGAGGCUUUGCUUUCUUUCGCUUUCUUGGGCAACGGCUUCUUUGUGGCAGUCUUCUUUGCCACGAGAGGUGUCUUCUUCUUGCUGCUGGAAACUUUCUUACCCGGCGAUUUCUUAAUUUUCUCGGCUGGUUUGCGGGCGGUCUUUUCUUUCGCGGCGACCUUCUUUAUUUUUGGUUUGUUGGCCGGAUCAGCGGUUUUGGUCUUCUUCGCCGGGUCUUUGGCUGCCUUUGCUUUGUGUACUUCUUUGUUGACCUUGAAAGAACCUGAAGCUCCGGACCCUUUGGUGUUGAUAAACUGACCACUCUCCACGCCUCUCUUAAGAGCCAUUUUAAUAAAAAUGACUUGCUUUUUCUCCCACUUUGAAAUGGUUCUUAACGUACUUGUCGACAGCCUGACGCGAAGAACCAUUACGAUCUUUCAGGGCGUGAAGGGCUUGUAAGAUCAUUUCUGCAUACUUAGGGUGUUCGGCCGGCUCUUUAAAAGUUUUCUUCUGGGUGCUUUAGGCAGACAUAUCUCGUUAUAGUCUUUUCAGCGAUAGCUAAUGUUGGUUACUUGCGCACCUCUUUUCGUAAGUUGUUAUAGCGGACCGCAGGGGGAUCAGUUACUACUGAUCGCGAUAGAUCUCUUACCUAUAAGACGUUUGCAAAGUUCUUUGAAAGUGAGAUGGAUUGUAAACGUCAACUUAGGAAGACAGGCAGAGAGAUUAACUGAACGAAUAAAAAGCUGUUGGGCGCAAUCACUAAUUGUUUGGUAGGCUUAGAGAUACUAGUACUCCACUGUAUCUUGUGCAGCGCUUGUGUUGUGUGUAUUAUCGCGAAAAACCUGUAACGGAGUAGAGUAUGAGAAUAGCCUCUUGAAGAGCCAGCACGGCUGACCUUUGAAAGCGCAAGUCGGUCUUGAAAUCCUGAGCGAUUUCUCCAACAAGACGCUGAAACGGUAACUUGAGAAUUAGCAACUCGGUGGACUUCCGAUAAAGACGGAUGUCUCUGAGGGCCACUGUUCCUGCCCUGGAACGGUGCGGUUUUUUUCACGCCACCAGUAGCGGGAGGGCUCUUUCGAGCUGCCUUAGUAGCCAGCUGUUUACGAGGCGCUCUUCCGCCGGUGGAGUUUCUUGCUGUUUGCUUGGUUCGCGCCAUGACUGGCUAAUGUUGGUUACUUGCGCACCUCUUUUCGUAAGUUGUUAUAGCGGACCGCAGGGGGAUCAGUUACUACUGAUCGCGAUAGAUCUGUUACCUCUAAGACGUUUCAUAAGUUCUUUGAAAAUAUGAGGGAUUGUAAACGUCAACUUAGGAAGACAGGCAGAGAGAUUAACUGAACGAAUAAGGAGAUGUUGGGCGCAAUCACUAAUUUUUUGGUAAGCUUAGAGAUACUAGUACUCUACUGUGUCGUGUGCAGCGCUUUUGUUGUGUGUAUUAUCGCGAAAAACCUGUAACGGUUAGAGUAUGAGAAUUAUUGCUGUCUCGUUUUACUAGUAACUAAUAAAGAAAUAAGUAGAGACAAGGUAAGAAGUAGUUUAUUGGCCAUUAACUUUUAUUGUCAGGUGGUGGCUCCUAAAGGAGCCGUUUGUAAUGUGAGAUUGUCAGAACCGAGCUGAGCUGUUAUACACGUUCGCCCCGGAUCCUACGAGCCAACUGGAUAUCUUUAGACAUAAUGGUGAUACGUUUAGCAUGAAUGGCGCAAGGGUUGGUGUCCUCGAAAAGACCUCGCAGGUUGGCUUCGCUAGCCUCUUAACGAGCCAACUCGGCUGA